AUGGAAGCUGCAUGUCUAGCGUCUCCAGAUUGGUCUGACCUGCCGGCGGAUAUACUGCGCAGCAUACUCGAGUUGCUCGAGUGCCCGGACAACCUCCGGGUUGCCGCUGUCUGCACGGCGUGGCACAGGGCGUCCUCCGAGGCAGUCUGCCGCAUCAACCAGUUCCCCUGUUUACUCUAUUGCACCGAGGCCGCCGGCCCUAGCGCUGUCGGCAUGUACAGCCUCUUGGAGCAGAGAGCAUACACCAUUACCCUGCCAGACCCACCAAUCACCGGGCGGUAUUUGAUUGGCUCAUCCCAUGGCUGGCUUAUCACUGCAGAUGAAAAGUCUGAUCUGGUGCUGCUCAACCCCAUUAGCGGCGAGCAGGUGAGACUCCCGCCGGUAACUACCAUGGAACACAUCAAACCCGUUAUGAGCGGCGAUGGGGUCCUUGAACAGUAUGAGAUGUCUUAUUACCAUGGAAUGUUUGAAACUCCCGAACAGCCAACCUCUACUCACCGAUUGGAUGAAUACCGUGAAACUGUAUAUUUCAAAGCUGUCUUGUCGUCUGAUCCGUCUUCUGCUGGCGAUUGCACCGUUAUGCUAAUCCAUCAGCCGUACUGGCAGCUCUCGUUUGCAAAAAUCGGAGGAGAUACUUGGAACUGGAUCGCAAUAGACACCGAUUAUACUGACUGCAUUCAUCACGACGGAUGGUUUUAUGCUGUUAAUAUUGAGGGAACAGUCGACAGCUUCUACUUAAAUGGUUCAUCUAUCAUUCAUAAACGGAUUACCUAUCAGAUGCUAGUGCCACCUAAGAUGGUAGUCUACAUCGUUCAAGCCCCAUGGGGUGAUAAGCUCCUAGUUAGUAGAACUAUAAAUCAUGACACGGAGUGUACGUUCGAAAUUGUGGUGUAUAAGGUUGAUCCCGACGGUAAGAAACUUAUCAAGAUGACAGGAAUAGGUGACCAUGUGCUGUUUAUUGGGCAUAAUGCUUCCCUCUGCCUUCCACUGAGUGAUCACCCCCAGUUGAUGUCCAAUUGUGUUUAUUUUACUGAUAACGUUCUUGACUCGUUAUUUCAAGAGAAAACCAAGAAGCGUGAUAUGGGGAUUUAUCAUUUCGAAAGAAAUACUGUGACGAAAAUCGUGUCUCCCGAGCUUUGGAUGACCUGGUUACCUCCGGUGUGGUUGACGCCCAAUACUUCAAAAAAAGGCAUCACAGGACCCGGUGCUUGGAAUAAUGGAGACAUGGAGGACUAAUCUCACGGUGGCCAGGAAUAACCAUCCAAACGCAUUGUGGGUUCAACCUUUGGUUAGAAUGGGAGUAAUGAACUAGUUAACAAAUGCUAUGAGAAGGCACUGUCACCAAGUCAAGUACUGUCUCCUUUCGAAGUUACUCUGUGUUCUGUGUUUAGUCAAAGUCAAACUUUAUAAAGUUUGACCAACUAUAUAGGAAAUCCUGCUGAUGGCGUUUUUUUCUAUAUAUUUUGGCAAACUUUACAAAGUUUGACUUGACUAGCCCAGAAAGAACCUAGGGAGUAUGUGCGUGUUAAGAGGUCCGGAUGUCUUAUGUUUGUUGCAUUCAUAAUUAACAAAUCCUGCGGAACAAUUGUUUGCCUCCUGUUGACCUCAAUGUAUCUAUGCACUGUAA